UGUAGUAUAAUAGGGAAACCAGAGUACCCCCUGCUGUCCAAGGAUGGAGACAUAAUCAUCGGAGGAGCUUUUUCAAUUCACAGCAAAAUAAAUUUUGAAAUGCCAUCCUUUAGAGAAAAACCCCAUCGCCUAAUGUGCACCAGCCUUAAUUUGAGAGAAUUCCGUUUUGCUCAGACCAUGAUCUUUGCCAUUGAAGAAAUUAAUAGCAAGCCAAGCUUACUGCCAAAUAUUUCGAUUGGAUACCAAAUAUUUGACAGCUGCGGUUCCACAUUAGCCUCUAUGAGAUCAUCAGUGGCUCUGAUAAAUGGUCAGGAGCUGACAGCAGAUCACAUCUGCUCUGGAAAAACAGCAGUAAAAGCCAUAAUUGGAGAAUCUGAGUCUUCCUCAACCAUUGUACUGUCCAGAAUAACAGGGCCCUUCAGAAUCCCAGUGAUAAGCCAUUUUGCUACCUGUGCCUGCCUGAGCAACAGAAAGCAGUUUCCGUCUUUCUUCAGAACUAUUCCCAGUGAUUUCUACCAAAGCAGAGCUCUAGCACAACUAGUCAAACAUUUUGGAUGGACAUGGGUUGGAGCAGUGAGAAGUGACAAUGACUAUGGAAACAAUGGCAUGGCAACCUUUGUAGAGGUAGCAGAGAGAGAAGGAGUAUGCAUUGAAUAUUCAGAGGCCAUAUCAAGGACAAAUUCCAAAGAGAAGAUUGCUAAGGUUGUUGAAGUAAUAAAAAAGGGCACUGCUAAAGUUCUUGUGGCAUUUUUGGCACAGGGUGAAAUGGAUGUGUUACUGGAGGAGAUUAUCAGACAGAAUGUAACCGGGCUACAGUGGGUAGGCAGUGAAUCCUGGAUUACAGCAAGAUACUUGGCAACUAGAAUUGUUUCAAAAGUCCUUGGUGGUGCAGUUGGUUUUACAAUUAGCAAGUCAAAAAUUCCAGGCUUGAGAGAAUUUCUCCUUAAGGUCAGUCCAUCUCAAAACCCUUCAAACGCUCUUUUGAGGGAAUUUUGGGAGAUGGCAUUUGGAUGCCGUAUCUUUCCUACAAUCAGCUCUAAAACUGAGCAUGAGAAGUUUUGUAAUGGGUCUGAGAAUCUGAGUAAUGUGAGUAAUGAGUUUACAGAUGUAUCUGAGCUAAGGAUUUCAAAUAAUGUAUAUAAGGCAAUUUAUGCUAUAGCUAAUGCUUUGCAUAACACAUUGGCUUGCAAAACUUCAAACAGUGCACCUGAAACCAUAACUUGUGGAACCAAAGAGGUAAUGCAUUCCCUUCAAAAUGUUAAUUUCACAAUGACCUCCGGUGAGAUGAUAUACUUUGACAAAAAUGGAGACCCUAUGGCAAGAUAUGAACUAAUAAACUGGCAGAAAAAUGGAGCAGGGGAAACAACUUUUAUUACUGUAGGACACUAUGAUGCCUCACUACCCAAUGAACAGCAGUUUGUCAUGAAUUCUAUCAAUAUAGUUUGGGCAGGAGACAGUCACACGAAACCGAGUUCAGUGUGUAGUGAGAGCUGCCAGCCAGGUUUCAGACAAGCUGUGAUCAAAGGGAGACCAGUAUGCUGCUUUGAAUGUUUGCGGUGCACUUCUGGAGAAAUCAGCAGUACUACUGAUUCUGCUGAAUGCAUCAAAUGUCCUUUAGAGCACUGGUCAAAUGAAAACCACAGUAUGUGUGUUCUCAAAAAAGUGGAGUUCCUUUCAUUUGAGGAAAACAUGGGAAUACUUUUGACUGCAUUCUCAUUAACUGGGGUGUCUUUAACAAUUGCAGUUGCACUGAUGUUUUACCACUUCAUAGACACUCCUCUUGUGAAGGCUAGCAAUACAGAGCUGAGCUUCCUACUCCUUUUCUCACUCUCUCUGUGUUUUCUCUGUUCACUCACUUUUAUUGGUCAGCCUACUGACUGGUCCUGUAUGUUGCGCCACACAACAUUUGGGAUCACUUUCGCCCUUUGUAUGUCUUGUGUUCUGGCAAGGACAAUAGCAGUGGUAAUGGCCUUCAAGGCCACUGUGCCCGGUACAAGUGUUCCUCAGUGUACAUUGCCCUUACAAAGAGUUAGUGUUUUCUGUUGCACUUUUUUCCAGGUAAUAAUAUGUACUCUGUGGCUGGUAUUAGCCCCUCCAAUCCCAUAUAAAAAUAUUACCCAUUCAUUAGAUACAAUAAUACUUGAAUGUGAUCUAGGAUCAGCUAUAGGGUUCUGGGCUGUGCUUGGUUAUAUCGGUUUGCUGUCUGUUCUAUGUUUCAUUUUGGCUUUUCUAGCUCGAAAGCUGCCUGAUAACUUUAAUGAAGCGAAAUUCAUCACGUUCAGUCUGCUAAUAUUCUGUGCUGUUUGGAUCACCUUUAUCCCAGCUUAUGUCAGUUCUCCCGGAAAAUUUACUGUAGCUGUGGAGAUAUUUGCCAUCUUAGCCUCUAGUUUUGGCUUGUUAUUCUGUAUAUUUACACCAAAAUGCUACAUUAUCUUACUUAAGCCAGAGCAAAACACAAGGAAACAUAUCAUAGGCAAAAACCAUAAUAAAUCAUAA